ACCAGUCCAUGGUCUUCACGUGGCUCAGAUAAGGCGGAACUGUUUUCACAUAUAUAAAUCUAUUGUAAUGUAUAUUAUGCAUUAGUUCUGAUGAUAGUUAUAUUGUUUAAGAGUAAAGGCUGGUCGCCUAUAUUCGGCUAAAACACUUCAAUGACAUACUUUAACUUUGUAAGUGGGUCACUCUUUCUGUAUAAAUAUGAAGUGCGUCGAUUGGCGGAUCGAAAUGAAAAUGUUCUCGUGGACUGGAUGUAUUAGACGUGCUCAUAGGUUAGACUUUACAAAGUGUACAUAUUAUGUACAUAGGACUCAAUGUGACAUUUUGAAGCAAAAAUAAAAAUCAAUUUUACGCCAGAAAUAAACCCAGAAAUCAGUAAAGUGCAGGAAAGAUCUUGAACCAUGGCUCUCUAUCACUUUUUGUGUUUGUAUAGCUUCAUUAUUAUUAUUAUUAUUGAUCCCUUCAAUAGUGCAUCACUAGCUUCAACAUUGAAUACAACUAGUCUUCAAAGUGGAUCUACUGUUGAAAACAAACAACUCUGCCAGUGGGACGUGUAUUUUGAUUGUGUCAGUCAUAGAAAAGAUGUUUCUUUGUACGAUCAAACUCUUCAUUUGUAUGGCAAGAAUUUAUCUGAAAAUUGGACGAGUAAUUUUACAAUUGAGAUUGGCGGAAACAGUUGUCAAGUACUUAGAAUUUUGAGCGGACAUUUAACUUGCAAUAUUACUGAUAUCAACCUAUUCUCCAGGCAGCUCUAUAGUCAAUCAAGCACUUCGACUGAAGCUAGCACAAUGAAUACUCCUUGGGUUAAAAGCCCUACAGAGAAAAAGGAAACUAUAGCAGUCAAAGUACAGGAAGUCAAAAGUGAGACAAACGAACAGCGAGAAAAAACGAAACCAAACUAUCAUCAAAUAACCGACCAUUUUAUUAGUUAUCAUGUUACAGUACACUCUCCGCAAUGUAUCAAAUCUCUAGGAGUGUUGAAGAUUUCCACUGCCUCAUUGACAGGAAGACGACCUUUGUACGUAGGCCUUGUGAUCUGCACUACUAUCUUAGUGACCAUAGUUCUGCUCACUGUUGCAGUGGCAAACAAAGAGAAGAUAACUCUGGUGAAACAAAGACUACAAGAAUGUAAAAACAAGCGUUUGGAAUCUCUUGCCUCAAUGAAAAUAAAUAUGAAUGAAAUUAUUUUAAAACCAAAAGAUAUAACAAUUGGAAAAUUAAUUGGCUCUGGACAUUUCGGUUGUGUCUAUGAAGGAGUUUUAAAGACCAAAGACUGUUGCCUUAAAGUGGCUGUUAAAACUGUUCAAGAUUUCUCUUCAGGAAUCCCAACUAUUAAGGCGUUCAUCCAGGAAGCUGUCAUCAUGAAACAUUUGCAACAUCCGAAUGUCUUACAGUUGAUUGGUUUAGUGGAAAAACAACCGGGUAUCCCUUACGUUCUAUUACCAUAUAUGGAAAAGGGUGAUUUGUUGACAUAUGUGCGCACUGAGUCUGUGACUUUAAGUCUCCAUGAAGUGCUCAAGUUUGGUGCGGACAUAGCAAGUGGUAUGGCUUACUUGAGUUCACUUCAGUUUGUACAUAGAGAUCUGGCAGCUAGAAACUGUAUGCUGGACGGUUUGAAUACAGUUAAAGUGGCAGACUUUGGUCUAUGUCGUGAUAUCUGUGAGAAAGGUUAUUACAGCAGUGACAAUAAGAAAAUGUUGCCUAUUCGAUGGAUGGCUAUUGAAAGUAUAGAACAUGGAUCUUAUACUACAAAGUCCGAUGUGUGGUCACUUGGUGUUGUACUCUGGGAAUUGUUGACCAGGGGAUUAACUCCGUAUCCAGGUGUAGACUGCUGGGACAUCAUCAACUAUUUACGUUACAGGAGAUUACCUCCGCCUUUUUUCUGUCCGGAACAACUGUCAAGAAUGCAAGCAGAGGCCCAAAUGUAAUUAGCAACUUAAAUAAGGGCUUUUUAAAAUGCAAAACCAAGUGGCUUAGAUUCAAUGCAGAUGUUAUGACAAUAUGAUUUAAAAACCUAAUAAGUAUACACACAAACUUCAAAUAUACAAGUCACAAAAUAAAAAAACAAAUAAAUAAAGGGGAAAUAAAUGAAGAACAGGGGUGACUUUAUGAUUACUAAAAUGUUUUAUAAGUCUAGAUUACUCUAGAUCUAAUUCCACUUCUUUCAGAAAUUAGUAUUAUUACAUCUGGAUUAGCCCAAAACUCCUGGAGGUAGGCAGGCAGGGAAUACCGGAAUGAGGGGGGGAGGGGCAGGAUUCUAAUUAGGGACCAUUGGACAGUGUAAAACAAUGUGCAUAGAGGCCAGAAUACACACAGACAGCCAUUCAAAGAUUUAGAUUAAAAGUAUUAAAUUUAAAGAAUCCAGGCAUCUAUCUAGACUGAUGCAAAUCACUCUUGACCUAGACUUUUAGCUCUAGAUCUAGUGAUCUCUAGGGUCUAGAGCAGGGGUUCUCAACCUGUGGGUCGUGACCCCUUUAAGGGUCGAUAGACGAUUUGCCAGGGGUUGCCUAAGACUGUAGAUAAAUAGAUUGUUUAUGUCAAUUCUUCUAUUGCUGUGUAAGUGUGAGUGGGUGGGGGUCGCGGAAAAGUGGGGGGUUGUAAAAAGGGGCGCCGAGCUUAAAAGGUUGAGAACUGCUGGUCUAAAGGAAAGGAGAUUUAAACAUGUAAACAGACUGAAAUCAGAUGUGGGCAUGUACAAAACAAAUAAAGUCAUAUUUCACUUUCUUCCAAAAGUGUGAAAAUAAAUUAGAUUUUUUUCACUAGUUCAUGUGCAAAGGAUGGACCUCAAUGCGAAUAAGAGUUUUCUCUUUUGAACAGGAAGAGGGAGGAUAGCUUAAAAGAUUUAUUUGUCUUCUUUUAUACUUUUUAGGCCAAAAUAAAUGUAGUGUGGUGGGCAUGGGAUAUUCAAAGUAGGCCUUUGGAAAAAGCAACAUUAAUAUAUUUAGGGAUGUUAAAAUGGGGUCCAUCCUACUAAAAAAUGCAAGAAGCAAAAAGUGUGUGGUGGGGAGGGUUGCAUUUCAUUUGAUAUUAGAAAAAUAAAUCCUGUGUAGGGCAAUAAAAUAAUGGCAGUCAGAGAAUGCACUUUUUUUUAUAACUUCAACUGAUGGGUAAGUGAGUGUGAACAGACUAAAUUAGAUUGGGUUGUGGGAAUCAAUUGAAGGAUGACAGACCCUCAAAAAAAAAAGAAAAAAAAACGAUUUCUAAAAGUUCAAGGGCCACGAAAAUGAGUGAUUGUGGCUGGUGGUGGAGAUGAUAUCAAUGCAAGCCUAUCCUUGAGGGUUGGGGAAAUAAAAAUAUCCUAGUUAAAAAAAAAACAACAACACUUGCUAACUCUUUCAAUGCUUGUAUCAUCUAGUCUUUAUUACAUAAAAUGCUGAAAAAAAUGUGAAAAUGUUUUUUUUUUUUUUGGUUUGUUUUGACGGAUACAAACUUAAAACUCAUUUGAAGAAAAUGGGAACUAUUUUAUGUGACUGUUCAAAUAAAUGUAAGAUGAAUAUAACAAUAACCACUCUAUAAGUGAAGUAGAUAAUAUGAGUAGUAAAUGUUAAGACCAAGGUACCCAAACUGUUCAAAUGGACUUAGAAAUUUUAGUUCUGCUUUUAAUCGAGAAUAGCUCCUCCAAAAUAAUAAUUGCUUCAGACUUUAUUUUUUAGUGGAUCAACAAUUUGAUGCCAUUAAGAUCAUUCUAAUUUCUUAAUUAUGACAUGGACAUUCAUAAAAUACAUUUGACUAACAAAUCUGCUUUCCUUUCCACCAUUAUAUCUGUUAACAUUAAGAGUAUGUUUGCACAGAGCUGAGCUUGGCUGUUUUUUUACUAUCCUGCCAUAUUCAGCUCUGGCUGGAUAUCAUUGUAGGAUAGUUGGACAGAUAGUCAAGAGGAUACUUUAGAGUAUGGUUGAGAAACUAAAG